AUGACCUCUAUUGGCUAUUUUGAAAUUGAUAAGAACACUUAAAUAUAUUUUAAUACUUAUGAUAACUAUCUAUAAUAAAAGUAUAAUAUUUUACUUUUAUUUACAUUUAACACAUAAAUUAUUGUAUAUUAAUUGAAAAUACCCUAAUUAUAAUAAAUUUAACAGAUUUAAUAAGUUUAUGCUGAAUUAUAUAAUCUGACUUUCACUGAAGGAAAUUUUUAUUUUACAUAAUAAUAAAUCUGA